AUGUCCACCAAGAAGUCACAGACCAUCGGCUGUCUCCAUGAGGAGACCCGUCCCACUUCCCAGGGCAAAGUGCCCCUGACGCAAGACGCCGCCGCCAAUGCCGCUCAGCGAAUAGAGACGACCCUAACUCUCAGGGAGGCCUUGCAGUAUUACCAUAAGGCCAUUGCCUGGUCGCUCGCCGUAUCAACUGCUACCAUCAUGGAGUCGUACGACCUCAUGCUCAUCGGCUCGUUCUUCGCCUUUCCGCCUUUCCAACGCAAGUUUGGCAUCCAACUGCCCAAUGGAUCCUGGUCCAUUCCAGCCCGGUGGCAGCUGGCUCUGGGCAUGGUUACCAAUUGCGGCUUGAUUCUUGGCGUAUUUGCCAACGGCUAUUGCGCCGACCGCUGGGGGUUCCGCAAAGUCUUGAUGGCCUCGCAUGCGGCUCUCAUCGCCUUGAUAUUUAUUAACUUUUUCGCGCCCUCUGUGGAAGUUCUGACAGCUGGCACGUUUCUGAUGGCCGCAGCGACGAGGCCGAAGUCGUUGUGCGCCGCCUCCUCUCGGCGCCUGAGGAGGUCAUCAACCGCGGGACACGGUGGCCAUGAUGGCACGCACGAUACGCACGGAGAAAGAGAUGAGCAUCCAUGGGUCGUGGGCCGACUGCUUCCGCGGCGACAAUUUGCGGCGAACCGAGAUCUCCAUGAUCAGCUGGGGCUGUCAGAUACUGCCGGGAUUCCGGUGCAGAACUACAUUACCUAUUUCUUCACGCUGGCCGGGCUGUCGCCAGCCGACUCGUUCUACAUGUCGAUCGUGAAACUAACGGCACAGGCAACGCAAGUCUCGCUUUUCCUCGGCACGGUCACAUCCUUCUUCCUCAUGACGAAACUCGGCUGGCGUACCGUCUACCUCGCCGGUCUCGCCGCCAUGCUCCCACUCAUGUCCCUCGUCGGCUUUCUCGCGCUGGCACCCGCUAAUCCGGCUGUUCGCUGGGCGCAGUCAGCUCUCCUACUCAUCUGGUUCCUCGUCUACGGUCUAUCCAUCGGUCCCAUUCCUUAUGGCAUCGCCGCCGCCGUCGGUGCCACCAAUCUGCGGGUCAAGACCAUCUCGCUGGGCAGGAACACAUACUACAUCUUGAACAUAGUCAACACUGUCGUGGCUCCCUACUUGCUGAACCCGCAGGAGGCGAAUCUGCAGGGCAAAGCGGCGUUCCCGGCGGCAGGCUUGACGCUGAUGCUCACGAUAUGGGCGUGGUUCAGACUGCCUGAGCUGAAGGGGCUGACGGGCGAGACGCUGGACAGUCUGUUCGAGAGAAAGGUUCCGACAAGACAGUUUCUGAGGGCGGCAAAGGAGCUGCAGCACGUGCGGUAG